CUCCGAUCAGUUAAGGGGCAGAGAGCCUCCGCUCCCCACUGCUCUAUAAAAGAGACCCAGCAAAGGGACCCUACCAGCUUCUAGCUCUCAGUCUGCGCGAGGGUGUAGGAAGGAAAGCCCAGGACCUCCGGAGCAGAGCACAGCAGCUGCAGAGGCAAGGCCAGCAUGUCGCCCAACUUCAAACUUCAGUGUCACUUCAUUCUCAUCUUCCUGACGGCUUUAAGAGGGGAAAGCCGGUACCUAGAGCUGCGGGAAGCGGCGGAGUACGAUCCUUUCCUGCUCUUCAGCGCCAACUUGAAGCGGGAGCUGGCUGGGGAGCAGCCGUACCGCCGCGCUCUGCAGUGCCUGGACAUGCUGAGCCUCCAGGGCCAGUUCACCUUCACCGCCGACCGGCCGCAGCUGCACUGCGCCGCCUUCUUCAUCGGCGAGCCCGAGGAGUUCAUUACCAUCCACUACGACCAGGUCUCCAUCGACUGUCAGGGCGGCGACUUCCUGAAGGUAUUUGAUGGUUGGAUUCUCAAGGGGGAGAAGUUCCCCAGUUCCCAGGAUCAUCCUCUCCCCACGGCUGAGCGGUACAUAGAUUUCUGUGAGAGUGGCCUUAGCAGGAGGAGCAUCAGAUCUUCCCAGAAUGUGGCCAUGAUCUUCUUCCGAGUCCAUGAACCAGGAAAUGGAUUCACAUUAACCAUAAAGACAGACCCCAACCUCUUUCCCUGUAAUGUCAUUUCUCAGACUCCAAAUGGAAAGUUUACCCUGGUAGUUCCACACCAGCAUCGAAACUGCAGCUUCUCCAUAAUUUAUCCUGUGGUGAUCAAAAUAUCUGAUCUCACCCUGGGACAUGUAAAUGGUCUUCAGUUAAAGAAAUCCUCAGCAGGUUGCGAGGGAAUAGGAGACUUUGUGGAGCUGCUGGGAGGAACUGGAUUGGACCCUUCCAAGAUGAUGCCUUUAGCUGAUCUCUGCUACUCCUUUCAUGGCCCGGCCCAGAUGAAAGUUGGCUGUGACAACACUGUGGUGCGCGUGGUCUCCAGUGGAAAACACGUAAAUCGUGUGACUUUUGAGUAUCGUCAGCUGGAACCGUAUGAGCUGGAAAACCCAAAUGGAAACAGUAUCGGGGAAUUCUGUUUGUCUGGUCUUUGAAUAACCAACCCAAUGAUUUACAUGCUGAUAACUAAGUGAGUUUUUAAUGGCCAUUGUGUAUGAUUUUGAUGCACAACUAGUUAAAAGCCUUUCAUACCAGUCAGUAUUCCCAGCCUUGCGUGCACGCGCACACACACACACACACAUACACACACACACAUGCAUUAAUUUUUGUACUUUGCUUCGUUUAUGUUUGUAAUCUGUAAAUGAACACAUGGCAGAAAAUAAGCCCCUGAUUGGUAGGAUCAUAGUUCUAAAUGGAAAUGUUUGUAAUUCUUUGAUGUGCUACUGAACCUGAAACUGGUAAGACAAGCACAAAGCAACGUGCAAUAAAAAAAUUGUAUCUCAAGGGAAAAUACUCAAAGAAAGAAAAGUGGCAGCACUUAUAUUAGUUUUAUAACAGGAAAAAGUCUUGUGUAUAGCGAAGUAGUUGCAUCUGUUUAUUUUCUAUUUAUUAUUGUUACAAUAGAUAAUAGUUAUAGCAAUUAUUUAUUGAUUUGUAACAACUUGUUUUUAACCAAACUUUUUAGCAUGGAAACAAUUUUCUAGGCCGGGCGCCGUGGCUCACGCCUGUAAUCCCAGCACUUUGGGAGGCCGAGGCGGGCGGAUCACGAGGUCAGGAGAUCGAGACCAUCCUGGCUAACACAGUGAAACCCUGUCUCUACUAAAAAUACAAAAAAAAAAAUUAGCCGGGCGUGGUGGCGGGCGCCUGUGGUCCCAGCUACUCGGGAGGCUGAGGCAGGAGAAUGGCGUGAACCCAGGAGGCGGAGCUUGCAGUGAGCGGAGAUCACGCCACUGCACUCCAGCCUGGGCAAGAAAGCGAGACUCCGCCUCAAAAAAAAAAUUUUUUUCCAUCCACAAAUACGUACAUGAAUAAAUGUAUUCAGAAUGUUGG